CGUUGGCUUGGGUUUCUUCAACGACAAACAUACCAAUACACCACAGCCACAACACACCAACUUCCAAAUUUCUGCAGACCAUCCUCGACAAACUUUCUUUUGACCAAGGAUCAAUCCAACGUGAGGUCACAAUGGCUGAAGCACGCGGAAAAGCAUGGCCACUUGCAGAUGAGGGCCUAACCAACUCCAUCUUGGACUUGGUCCAACAGGCCGGUCAGUACAAACAACUAAAAAAAGGUGCCAAUGAAGCGACCAAGACCCUUAACCGCGGUGUGGCAGAGUUCAUCGUGCUUACCGCGGAUACUGAGCCUCUCGAAAUUCUUUUGCACCUUCCCCUUCUUUGCGAGGAAAAGAAUGUUCCAUACGUGUUCAUUCCUUCCAAGGCAGCCCUCGGACGUGCAUGCAAUGUGUCCAGGCCUGUCAUCGCUGCCAGCGUCACAACCAGCGAGGCCAGGGAGCUGCAAAGCCAGAUCCGCAAUGUCAAGAUUGCGAUCGAAAAGUUGAUGUUCUGAUAUUCUCAUUGCGGAGCAAGACAGAUAUCACGGUUGUUGCAUUAUUUUUGGUGUAUCUCCUAUAUGUAGCAACUGGAUGUCGAACGGAGUAUCUUGUAAAGGUCGCCUUUCCCGAGUAAUCAGUAAAUGACACGCGUUUUUGCAGAUGUUGUGACUUACUCCAGGGAAUGCCCACUUGCCCCUUCAUAUGAUCCACGGAGCCCUGCGGUUUAAUGAGUUUCAGUGAAGCAAGCAGAUAAAAUGAAAGCAAUUUGCAUGUUACACUUCUGCACAGCCGCUGUCCUUCCCCCACUACUUGCUUGCGCUCA